CACAAAGGUAGCUAGCUAGGUAUCUAGCUUUGUAGACCGUUUGUAGAUUUCCAUCUAUGUGUGCUGGGACGUCUCUCGAUGUACAUAAGAAAUAGCACAGCAGGAAAAGAGAGAAAAUGUCAGACACCCUCGUCGUCACCUUCCAGGCUCAACUCUCCAUCGUCAUGGAAACGAUUCUCAAGUCAGCCAUGAUGGAGAUCACUCGGCUGGUGGAGGACAGUUUUGUGGAGGAAGUGAGUCGUGGCAAACAGGAGGUGGCAUUGCUUAUGCGAAGGUUGCAGUUUGCAGAGAAUAAACUGAAAGAGAGGAGAGUUCGAUGUGCAGACUGUGGAAGAGCCACGGCAAGCAGUGAGAGGACUGCAGAUCACACGGAAGAGACACUAACAGGUACAGAUACCCUGUGUGUGAGCCUGAGCCUGAGAGAGCAGUCUGAGAAAAGACCCACAUUCAGUGAGGUGUGGAGGUCUGAUGAGAGUCUGGAUUUGCAUAUAUCCACAGAGGCACGCGCUCGCACGGAGAAGACAGACACGCUCGAACAAAGUGGGAAACAGGACUCAGCAUCUAAUAACACAGCACAACUGCCUCCGAGUGUUUUACAGAAAUUAGUGCCCAGUGCAGCAGUUACGAGAAUCCAUGAUCCAUGUACUGACUUAAAACCCAGAGAAAGUCACUGCAAGACACCUGUGAUAGACUUAAGUCCCAUCAAAGAUACAGACUCUGCCCAGUCUAGACUAAUACAAAAUGGUAUAGGGGACAGUGGGUGUGGUGAGUUGGCAUCUUCUCUGUCUGGCCCCACUGUGAAGUCCGAGUUAGAGCCGGAUCCGGUUCCCAUUAAAGAAGAGGAGGAGAUGCUCCCAGUGUGGGACUACAGUGAUGGCAGCGGUCCUGCAGAAACGGAUCAGAGUCACAGAGGGAUCGGAGGACCCUGGAAUCGUGAGGAGACACAGUUGGUCCAAAUGGCUCCUGAAAACCCUGCAACAGAACUGGUCAGAAUGUACCCCACAAACAGACAGAGAACGUUCAGUGUGGUGGCAAGAGAGAUUCUAACACAGUUUCAGGUGUGGCAGAGGGCAUGCUACAGCCGAAACAUUGAAUGGGGUCCAAUUACUGCAAAGAUCAUAUCUGCUUUACCGUAUUUAUCAGGAAGGGAGACGGAAGUGAUUGUACGUUGUACAAAAAUGCUGCAUAAUCGCAGAGAUUACCUUCGAAGGAGGGCCAAGCUUGGUGGAAAUGUCUUGUGACAUGAUGCAGCUUAGUGAAGAUGGAUGUUCUCAGCCCUGUUCUUGAGGAUCCCCAUCCAGGCCAGGCUUUGGUUCUGCUCCAGUUCCUUAUUCACCGGAACCAAGCACCUAUCUUGCAAGCUGCAGAGCUCCUGGAUCUGGUGUUUAUGGAGCUGUAACUAUACAAAUGUAUAUGUAGUAAUGCAGUAAAUAUGUGGACUGUAAAUACAGUAAUACAGUAAAUAUGUGGCAAAAAGUUAGACAAAAAAAGUUAUUGAUAUUUUCUAUUACUCUAUGUUGAAAUUGUACUGAGAUGAUUUCUGUCCUUCCAUCUAUAGGAUGCCUCCUUGGAGAGAAAUGCUUUACCUGUGGAGCAGAGAUAUCUUGUUCAACUUCAAAGAGGUGACAUUCAACAUGUAAACCUGUAAAUAA